GGUAUCCGUUCCUGUGUUGAAAGCAGAAGGUAUCUUGAGGUGGGACUGAAGACCAGAGUUCAGGACUUGAAUCUUUUUAUCGGCUCAUAGGACAACAGCAAACCAACGACCAAUGAGGAACCGGAGAAGAGCAAUAAAAGCGAUAAGCUGGAAAUGGUUCAAUUGAUCGACGCAACAUGAUCAAGCGGGUUUGCUGCCACAUCAGAAUGAACUAACAUUUCACCGCAAAGAGGAACUUUUAGAUAUCGAUUUUUCAAAAACCCAAAGAACAACGUGAAAGGAGUUUCGAAACAAAACGCAUGGAAUUGUUGACAAUGGAACCCCACAAAGAACAUCAGAAGAGCGUGACAUCAUUUAAAGAACUUAAAAGCAUUGGGCAAACCGAUCUCUGAGAAGAAAAAACACUAAAGAAAGACUUUAGGAUUCAUAAACAGUUUAUCAUGCUGCAGGUGGAUUUCAGGACACUAAUCGUGCCAGUUGGCAUUGUGCGAAUGCUGGAGGUGCUCCUAACAUGCAUCUGCUUUGCACUGGCGGCAUCUGCGGGCAUCCCAGACCACGGCUCGUCCCACUGGGCCUGGUGCAUGUUCUGCUGGUGCUUCUGCUGCUUCACCACACUCCUCGUCCUCAUCCUGGAGUUCAUAAACCUCCACACCAAAGUGCCCAUUUCCUGGGAAGACUUCACCAUGGCUUUCGCAAUGCUGUCCACGCUCAUGAUGGUGACCAUUUCCAUAGUCUACCCCACGUUUUUUGCGUGCGCCUCGUGCGCCAAGGAAAUCGGAGCAUCAGCGGUCUCCUGGCUGUGUUUCGGACUCUACGCUGCUGAAGUUUGGUUCCUCUACAAGAAACCUGGUGAAAUCAGCGGCUUUCUGACCACCAUUCCUGGUCUCCUGAAGAUCCUGGAGACCUUCAUUGCGUGUCUCAUAUUCACAUCACUGAGUCCUGAUGGAUAUAGGGGUUUUCCUGGGACGCAGUGGUGCGUUGCAGUGUACUCUAUAUGCUUCAUUUUCUCAUUGAUCAUCAUUCUCCUCACCAUCGCCAGGCUGUUGUCGGUCUUCCCAUUUUCUUUCGACUUUGUGGUGAUCAGUUUCAACAUGUUGGCUGUGGUCAUGUACGCAACCGCUGUAGUUAUCUGGCCGCUGUAUGCGUUUAAAGAUAAGCCUCGUCCUAAUGACUGUAACCACUGUGCGUGGGACGAUCUGGUGGUGGUGACCUUCAUGACUGUCUUCAAUCUCUUGGUUUACAUUGCCGAUAUGGCGUACUCGAUUAAAUUAGUGUUUUUUACGCAUCAUCAUAGUGAGGGGUGAUGCUUUGUGCCGUUUCACUAUGUGGAAGAAGACUGUUGGAUGUACUGUACAUACAGUUGAAGUCAAAAUGAUUAGCCCUCCUGUGGAUUUCUCUUUCUUUUUUAAAUAUUUCCCAAAUGAUGUUUAACAGAGCAAGGAAAUUUUCACAGUAUGUCUGAUAAUAUUUUUUCUUCUGGAGAAAGUCUUAUUUGUUUUAUUUCGGCUAGAGUUAAAGGAGUUUUUAAGUUUUUUACAACCAUUUGAAGGUCAAUAAUAUUAGCACCCGUAAGCUAUAUUUUUUUUAUAGUCUACAGAACAAACCAUCGUUAUACAAUGAUUUGCCUAGCUACCCAAAUUAGCCUAGUUAAGCCUUUAAAUGUCACUUUAAGCUGAAUACUAGUGUCUUGAAAUAUAUCUAGUAAAAUAUUACAUACGGUCAUCAUGGCAAAGAUAAAAUAAAUCAGUUAAUAAAAAUUAGGUUUAGAAACGUGUUGAAAGAAUCUUCUCUCUGCUAAAAAGAAAUUGGGGAAAAAUAUACAGAGGGGCUAAUAAUUCUGACUUCAACUGUAUAAAGGAGUGGUCAUAAUAGUAAGACGGCUACUGAUUAAACGCCUCAGCUUUCAGGUGUGUCUAUAACGAGUGUGUUUAUGCUGUUUAUUUUAUCACACAGUCAUAAAUACACAGGGUUACAGAUGGAAAAAGGCAAGCUUUGUUUCUGAGUGUGUAUAUACAUGUAAAAAGUGGAGAAUGAAGAAAAUGACUUGUUAAAAGAAAGAUGUUAACAAUUAUGUUUUUCUAAAACUAACUUUGUUUGAGUAUAAAUUAUUCAACUUAAUUGACCCUUCGCUAAGCCCCGCCCUCCUUAGUUACUGUUGCUACGCCUGUCAAGCUUUCGUGCCUGGCACAUCUUUUACAAUGUGUAUGAGCCGGUGUCAGACAUUUCCAGGGAUAUAAUGUCAUUUUUGGUGAACAGGUGAGAUAUCAGGGAAAGCCAGGCAAAAAAGGACUGCAGUAUGCAUUACAGGGGUAUAUUCAUCACAUAAUUGGCAACCGAUUAGAGAAUAAUUCAAUCAAAAAUGAAGCUAGCUUAGUCUAGCCGCCUCAUACGCUGAACAUUCGACAGCUUAGUUCAUGCACAGCAGGAGAGAUGAAAUUUAAAAAUAAUCUAAUAGUAACAAAUUAAACCAUGAUUUCUCUAUUUUAGCCAAAAAGCCUGAUAGACUAAUGUUGUGCAAUGAAAUAUAGCGUUACUAACCGGCGAGGAAACACGCAUGGACAGUGCUUCUACAUCAUUCAUUCGUAGAAAGAACAGCCAGAAAGGGGAAAUUGAUGGAUUUGUGCCGAAUAGUAGCAUCAUUGACCCAUAACAAUGUACAGUAAGUUACCUAUUACUGUCAGUAUGUGUGUGUGCUCUUUAUAAAAGACUGAAAAACAGCUGCUGGUAAAGUAUUUUGAUCGCAAGUGCUCAGUUUGUGAUCACAUCUCUGUUUUGUUCUGUUGAUUUGUAAUUUCAAAUAUUCGUAGCUUGAAAUAGAUGGAAAUAUGAAGUUCAGUAAAGUCAUGAUCUAUUCGCUGUUAGUAUGACUGACGUUACUAUGGCGAAGGCAAAAAAAUUGCACAAUCCAUAUGCACAACGCUUUGGCCUGUUUCCCUCGCUCGAAAGCUUGACAGCUUGACGGUUGCUAAGCCACAAUUGGUGGGUGGCGGUUUUUGGGUGUGGCUCAGCAAAGGGUCAAUUGAUUCUUGUUUAUCUUUUGGAAUCAAGGGGUGUCAAAAAUGAAAAUUAAAUAAUGGUGUGUCAAAAUAAUGAAGAAAUGGUUGAUGUUUGCUCAUUUAAUAUGAAAAGAGUAAAUGAAAAAUGAAGAUGUUUUAAGAAUGAAGAA